GGCUCUCUGCUAAACUCAGCACCGUCACGCGGCUGGCGCGACGGUGGAGAGAUCGAUCGCUCGCCUUCCCGAUAUAAAACCAGGGACCCCUCUCGGCGCACCGAUCCGACGGCCUCCGCGUCCGGAUUGGCAACGUUCCAAUUAAUCACCAGGCCCUAAAUCUCCGGUGCGCGCGGGUUCAUGGCCGCGCCGCUGUGGCCGCGCGCCAAUGAGAGCGGCGGCUGGCCGGAGCAGGGCGGCGCCGGGCCGGGGGCGAGGCGGCUGGCCACGGCGCUGCUGUUCCUGGCGGCCGUCGCGCUGCCGUGCCUCGUGCUGUACCGCGCCGUCGCGCCCGGCGGGGUGCUCGUCCAGCCCGCCGCCCGCCUGCCGUGGCUACAGGCCGGCGCGCCGCCGCACGACGACGACGACGUCGACCUGGAGAGCGAGAGCGAGGACGUGAGGCUGGAGCGAGUGCUCCGGGCGGCGGCGAUGGCCAACGACACGGUGAUCCUGACGACGCUCAACUCGGCGUGGGCGGAGCCGGGGUCCAUGGUGGACGUGUUCCUGGAGAGCUUCCGGUUGGGCGAGCACACCCGGGAGCUGCUCGACCACCUCGUCAUCGUCUCGCUCGACCUCGCGGCGCACCGCCGCUGCAAGCAGAUCCACCCGCACUGCCUGGCGGUGGCCACGGAGGGCGUCGACUUCUCGGGGCAGAAGAACUUCAUGACGGACGGGUACCUGCGGAUGAUGUGGCGCCGGAUCGACUUCCUCCGGCAGGUCCUGGAGAAGGGCUACAGCUUCAUCUUCACGGACACGGACAUCGUGUGGCUGCGCAGCCCGCUGCCGCGCCUCUACGCCGAGGGGGACUUCCAGAUCGCCUGCGACCACUUCACCGGCGACCCCGACGACGUCCUCGGCAACGCGCCCAACGGCGGCUUCGCCUACGCGCGCGCCAACACCGAGACGGUGGAGCUGUACCGCUACUGGUACGCGGCUAGGGAGCGCCACCCGGGCCUGCACGACCAGGACGUGCUCAACCUCAUCAAGGCCGACCGCUACCUGGCCGAGGUGGGCGUCCGGAUCAGGUUCCUCAGCACCGAAUUCUUCGGGGGCCUCUGCGAGCCCAGCCGCAACCUCAGCGCCGUCUGCACCAUGCACGCCAACUGCUGCGUCGGCCUCCGCCGCAAGAUCGCCGACCUCACCCUCAUCCUCCACGACUGGAGGAGCUUCAUGUCGCUCAGGGGCCCCGACAAGCGCUCCGCCGCCUCAUGGAGCGUGCCACGGAACUGCAGCCUGGAUAAAGUGGAGGAGUAGCACAGGCUGAGGAUCAUUUGUUACUACAGAAGAAUGGUAGACACCGGAUUCGUAUGCGUUUAGCAAGUGAUUAGCUGCUGACCGAGGAGACAUGGAGGCGUGUCUGUAAAGAUUGUGUUCUGACAACAUCGGUGCUUUCUUGUUACUAGUACCGUAGCCCGUAUAUUCACAUAUACAUUCACUAGAUGGCAGUUGCCAAACCUAGUGACCCUGCUCAAAUUGACUGAUUGCAAUCGAAUGUAAUCAAGUGCUAAUUGAGCUGCUUUCCGACUCC